UCUCCCUUUAUAUUGCCUACCUCCCAACACUAUCAUCAUCUUGUCGGCCGCUUUAUCCCUCCUCUCUCCCUCUCUCGAUCUCUCCCAACUUCAACCAGGAUUCUCAUUCCCACUCUGCUUUCAGUUUUCAUUCCCAUCGUGUUUGGAAACAUCACACUCUCCAGAAUACAAAAUUCAAGAUUUUCGUUUCCAUACAUCUUCUUCUUCUUCUUUCUUCGCUCUCUCUCUUCGUCUCUUGUCUAUUAUAUAUAAUGAAACAACAAGAACUAAUCGCCCUCCAAAGAAGCAGCAGCGCCGCCAGAAGCACAAGAAGGAUCCUCCCCUCCAGCCACAGUCGCUCCUCGUCGUCUUUCCCACGUGAAACAGAAGAAAUCUCCGAUAACCUCCUCGUCCCAAAACACUACUCUCCGGCAUAUGUCUCCGACCAACUCUCGAAACCCCACUUCCCCAAAAGGCUCUCCUCCCUUCUGCGCUCGUUCCUCAGCUUCCUCUCCUUCCCCACCAUUCUCCCCACCUGCAAAUGGCUCUCCAUCCCUUCCAAUCUCUCCCUCAAUCCCUCCCUCGGCCGCAAAGUCACAGGAACUCUCUUCGGUCUCCGGAGAGGCCACGUCAGCUUCGCCGUUCAGCUCGACCCGCGCUCCGAACCCUUACUACUCCUCGAGCUCGCCAUGUCGACCUCGUCGUUGGUCAAAGAGAUGUCGUCCGGUCUAGUCCGCAUCGCGCUCGAGUGCGAGAAGGUUGGACCGGCUCAACCCGGCCGGUCCAGAAAGCUCUUCCAGGAGCCGACGUGGACCAUGUACUGUAAUGGGAGGAAGUGCGGGUACGCGAUGUCGCGCACGUGCGGGGAGUCCGACUGGCACGUGCUGGGGACGGUGCAGAGCGUGUCGGUCGGUGCCGGAGUGAUUCCUGUUGUGGAGAAUGGGAAGAAGAGCGGCGGGUCGUCGGAGGGGGAGUUGCUGUAUAUGAGAGCGAGGUUCGAGCGAGUGGUGGGGAGCCGUGACUCGGAGGCCUUUUACAUGAUGAACCCUGACGGCAAUGGAGGGCCCGAGCUCAGUAUUUUUCUUCUGAGAAUAUGAACACCCAAAGUUGAAAGGAAAAGAAAAAGAAAGCGAAAACUAUAUAUAUAAAUAUAUAUAUAAAUAUGUUGUUGGAGUUGGAGGGGAUCUAAAUUAGGUGGAUCGAGAGGAAUGUUUAGUGAGUUUGUAUGAUGGUGUAUUUUUUAUAUGCAUAACCAUGUGAUUUCAUAUCU